UAUAUAUUUGAAGAAGAACAUCUGUUUUGUCAACAACAAAAGAAAAAAGAUACAAAAUGGCAUGGUUUUGGCAAACAACAUCUGCAAUUGUGAUCAUACUUGUAAUUUGGAUCAUUCAAAAGUUCUUAACCAUGGAGAAGAAGAAGAAGAAGAAACAACCACCGGGCCCGAUCGGGCUACCGAUCAUCGGCCAUUUCCACCUAUUGGGUAAAAAUCCCCACCAAGAUAUGCACCGUUUAUCCGAAAAACACGGACCCAUCAUGCACCUCCGCCUCGGCUUCCUUCCAACCGUCGUGGUCUCAUCCCCCGCCGGAGCCGAGCUCUUCCUCAAGACCCACGACCUUGUUUUCGCCGGCAGACCUCUCCACCAGGCCGCCAAGCACAUGGUCUACGACGGCAGAGACAUUGCAUUCGGCCAGUACGGUUCUUACUGGCGGGAUAUCCGCAAGCUCUGCACGCUCAACUUGCUCAGCAGCCACAAGAUCAACCAGUUCCGGCACACGCGGAAGGCGGAGCUCAGCCUCUUCGUCGGCUCUUUUCGGCGUGCCGCGUGCCAACGGGAAGCCCUGGAUGUUAGCAAGAUGAUUACGGGCCUGAGUUGGGAUAUGAUUUGUAUGACGGUGUUCGGCCGGAAGUUCGCCGACAGUGAUUUGGAUGAGACGAAGGGGUUUAAAUCUGUAAUUGAGGAGAUACUGCAGCUGGUCGCCAUUCCUAAUCUUGGAGAUUUUUUCCCGUAUGUCGGUUGGCUUGAUCUUCAGGGUCUGACACGUAGGAUGAAACAAGUACACAAUUCUUUCGAUGGGUUUCUCGAGAAGGUUAUCGAAGAUCAUGGUUCGAACAAUCAAGAGAAUACGAAAAAGGAUGCUAGAGACUUUGUCGACACUAUGAUGGCCAUUAUGGAUUCCGGUGAAGCUGGAUUCGAUCUCGACCGCCGCCAUGUCAAGGCUGUGCUUGCGGAUAUGCUUAUAGGAGGAACCGACACUACGGCGGUAACUACCGAUUGGGCACUCGCAGAACUCAUUAGACACCCACAAAUCAUGAACAAACUCCAGCAAGAACUCGAACAAGUUGUCGGCAUGGAGCAAUACGUGGAGGAAUCACACCUCGAGAAACUCGACUACUUGGAUUUAGUUAUUAAGGAAACAUUCCGGUUACACCCCAUCGUCCCAUUAUUGAACCACAAAGCCAUGCAAGAUUGCACCGUCGAUGAAUUCCAUAUACCGAAAGGAACACGAGUCAUCGUGAACUUGUUGUCCAUUUCAAGAGAUCCGAACGUUUGGCAAGAACCCGAAAAGUUCUCACCAGAGAGGUUCGUUGGGAUCGAUACCGACUACCGGGGCAUGGAUUUCCGGUUCAUACCUUUCGGAUCGGGCAGAAGAAUGUGCCCGGGGAUUCAUUUGGGACUCACGAGUCUUCGGUUAAUGUUGGCCCAAUUGAUUCAUUGCUUUGAUUGGGAGCUUCCUAACGGGACGUCGCCUAACGAGCUGAAUAUGGCCGAGCAUUUCGGUCUUGUGACUAGUAGAGAUGAGCAUCUCAUGGCCAUUCCUAUUUACAGGUUGCAUAAAUGAUUAAAAGUUCACUGCAUUAAUUAAUUACCUAAUUACCCCUAUGUUAUAUCGAAUUGCUGAAAAACUUUGCGUAUUAUGACUAUUAGCAAAAACUUCCUUAUGAUUCAAUUUUUUAGCACACGACCCUCUAAACCCAUGUUUUUAGAGAGUAGUUCGCUAAAAAUAUUGAAUCGUUUGGGGUUUUUUUGCUAAUACAUUAAUAUAUGGGGUUUUCUUGAUAAUUCGAGAAAAUACAGGGGUUCAAAGUAAAAUAAACCCAAAUGAAAUGCAUCGAUGCAUAAUUAGAGUUUGAAGAUAUGUUCACUGAUUUGAAUAAUGUAUACAAGAACAUGGAAUAACAUUCCUUUAUGUGUGUAUGAUUUGCGUCUCCAUUUUUUGGUUCGAAUUUUCAGUUUUUUCAAU